UGAUACAUUUAUUUUACCGCCAAAAUCUAUUUCCAACAUCGUCUUUUGAAUAAUGACAGUAGUUUGUAUAUAUUUGAAAAAUAUUUGUACCUUUUGAGUUGUUAAUGAACUAUAGAAAGAAUGGGAGACUUGGAAAAUUUGGCUGACUUAUUACCCACAUAUUAUGCCAGAUUAUUUCCCUUUAAUGAUUAUUAUCGUUGGCUCAGCUAUGGGAAUGUGAACACAUUUAAUCGCAGAGAAUUUUCAUUCACUCUACAAGAUGAUAUCUACCUUCGUUAUCAAUCAUUUAAAAACUUGAAAGAAUUGGAGGUUGAAAUUAAAAGGCUCAUCCCUUUCAAAAUAGAUAUAGGAGCUGUGUACAAUUACUGUCCAAAGGAUCAGCGUAAAGGUCCAAACUUUCAACCUAUUGAAAGGGAACUGGUGUUUGAUAUCGAUAUGACUGAUUAUGACGAAGUAAGAACAUGUUGCAGCGGAGCUGAUAUCUGUUCUAAAUGUUGGAAGUUCAUGUCCGUCGCUUGUAAAAUUUUAGAUAGUGCAUUGAGAUUGGAUUUUGGAUACGAGCACAUUUUAUGGGUAUUCUCUGGCAGAAGAGGUAUACAUUGCUGGGUUUGCGAUCCUAGUGCGCGCAGCUUAAGCUCCUUUGAGCGCUGUGCAGUGGCGGAGUACUUACAGAUUAUAGAUGGGGGAGAAUACAUGAAGAAAAAAGUAAAUUUGUCUGGCGAUAGAGUACACCAUUCUGUCAAGCGUGCACUGGAGAUAAUAGAAGCAGUUUUCAUUCCAUUUUGCGUGGAAGAACAAAAUAUACUUGGAACGGACGAAAGAGUAGACAAAUUUUUGCAAAUAUUUCCAGAAGAAGACCGACAAGAAGCGAAAGGGAUAUUCGAUCGAUGUAAUUCUAGUAAGGAUAGAUGGGACGCGUUUGUUAAAUACGUUAAAAAUAAACGUCAGACAGACAAAAAAUGGAAGUUCUAUCGACAUUUAGUAGAGGAAGUAAUGAUCCAGUAUGCAUAUCCGAGGUUGGAUAUAAACGUUAGCAAAGGAAUGAACCAUCUGUUAAAAUCUCCUUUCUGUGUUCAUCCGAAAACUGGCAAAAUUUGCGUACCAUUUACACCGGGUACAGUAGAUAAGUUUCAUCCCGAUAGUGUUCCAACAAUUACAACACUCAUUGAAGAAAUAAACGAGUUCGAUGUAAAGGAAAAGGCUAACCAAGAAACAUACGAGUUAAACGCGAGGAGGAUAAAAGAUUACAAAAAGACUAGUUUAAGUAAAUCACUUAGAAUCUUUCAGGAAUUUUUGUGGGGCUUAGAAAAAGAACGAAAAGGGCAGAAAAUUAAAGAAAGCGAUGCCAAAAUGCAGUUUUAAUUAUAAUUGUAAGGU